ACGGCGAAGUACGCCUUCGUCGAAAUGGAUUUUGAUCGAUUUUUUUCUGAUUUUCUCGUGAAAUAUCAUCAACUGAUAAAUUUGGAGAGCAGCGGCGUCUCGACCAGAUAACAGUUCAAUCACACUGGUGAAAGGUCAUGCGGAAGCCACGCGUGUGUAUACGUUAUACGAGGUCUGAGAGUUAAAAAAUCCCUAUCAAUAAUGGGUGACUUCUUCAAAUCGGCGCUGGGGGGCAUCCUCGGUGGAUCUGUCGGCGGCAUUGACAAUGAUUUCGUGGGGCAGAAUGUGGAGCUCGGCGACAUGCGAUUGAAAGUUCGUCGGGUCAUAGCUGAGGGAGGAUUUGCCUUUGUCUUUGUCGCCCAGGACUUGGCAACGGGCAACGAGUACGCGCUGAAGCGGCUUAUAGCGGCAGACGACGAAGCCAGCAAGCUGAUAAUACAGGAAAUCACGUUCCUGAAAAAGCUCAGCCAGCACCCACACAUAGUGCAGUACAUACAGGCUGCCUCCAUAGGCAAGAACGAGUCGGACAACGGCAAGGCAGAGUUCCUUCUCCUGACGGAACUCUGCACCGGCGGGAUGCUAGUCGACCUGCUCAACAGCAGAAAGGAGUCGCUGACCGUGAAGGAAGUGCUGCACAUCUACUACCAGAUGUGCGUCGCUGUGCAGCACAUGCACGCGCAGUCGCCGCCGAUCGUCCACCGCGACCUGAAGGUCGAGAACUUUCUCCUCAGCACCAAGAACACGGUGAAGCUGUGCGACUUCGGCAGCGCGACGACGCGGUCGCAUUGUCCGGACGAGACGUGGAACGCGGUGCGGCGCAGCGUCGUCGAGGACGAGAUGAUGAAGAACACGACACCGAUGUAUCGGGCACCGGAGAUCCUCGAGACGUACAACAACUACCCGUUGAACGAGGCGAUGGACAUGUGGGCGAUGGGCUGCGUGCUGUUCCUGCUCUGCUUCAAGGAGCACCCGUUUGAGGACUCGGCGAAGUUGCGGAUUGUCAACGGCAACUACAGCAUACCGAACGCCGACGGCGUCUUCACGCAAUUCCACGAUUUGAUACGAGGGAUGUUGAAGGUGGAUCCGCGCCAGCGGUUGAACAUUAACCAGGUGAUCGAAAAGCUAGAGGAAAUGGCUUCGGCAUUGGACGUGAACGUGCUAGGACCACUGACGGUACCCGGCCAGCCUUCCCCACGUCCCGCGAACGAAGAGAGAAACCAGCAGCGACCCCCCCGACCUCCGCCACCACAGGAUCAGGCCGACGUCGGCGCCAUCUUGGGCUCGUUGAAGAUGGGCGCCGGCGGCCUCUUCAAGAGCAUCAAGGACACAUCUAGCAAGGUCAUGCAGAACGUCACCGCCGCAGUCAACAAGACGGACCAGCUGGAUCUGAGUUACUUGACGUCGCACAUCGUCGUCAUGUCGUUCCCCGCCGAGGGCAUUGAGUCGGCCUACAAAAACAACAUCGACGACGUGCGCAACUACCUCGAGUCGAAGCAUCCCAACCACUAUGCAGUGUACAACCUGUCGCGGCGCACCUACCGCUCGGCCAAGUUCAACAACCGCGUGUCGGAGUGCGGCUUCGCGCCGGGCCGCGCGCCGACGCUCGGCAGCCUGUUCGCGAUCUGCAAGAACAUGCUGCUGUGGCUGCGGCAGGACCCGGCGAACGUCGCCGUCGUGCACUGCACGGACGGCCGCAACGCGUCAGCGAUGGUCGCGUGCGCGUUCCUGCUCUUCUGCCGCGUGUUCCGCACGAGCGAGGAGUCGCUGAGCGCGUUCGCGUUGCGGCGCGGCGAGCCGGACGCCUCGCCGUCGCAGCAGCGUUACAUGCAGUACAUCGCCGACCUCGUGUCGGCCGAGCGGCCGCUUGCGCCGCACGUGCGGCCCGUCGCCGUCGUCGACGUGACGAUGACGCCCGUGCCGGCGUUCAACCGAGCGCGCGCCGGCUGCCGGCCGUUCGUCGAGGUGUACGUCGGCGGGGAGCGUGCGCUGACGACGUCGCGCGACUACGAGGCGAUGCGAGGCUUUGACGCGGCGGCGGACGCGUGCGCGGUCCUGCCGCUCGACGCGAUGGCGGCGGCGGUGGGGGACGUCACCGUCGUCGUCUGCCACGCGCGCUCGACGUUCGGCGAUCGCGUGCAGGGCAGGGUCUCUGCGCUCGAGAUGUUCCGUCUGCAGUUCCACACUGGUUUCCUCGCGCUCGACACAAAAUCGCUCGAGUUCCGCGCGUCCGAACUCGACCUCGCCGACGCGCCGGACAAAUACCCGGACGGCUUCAAGGUCACCCUGGGCGUGGUCGUCGGCGAUAAGGAUCGGCCCGGGUUCGACGCGGCGCCGUGGGAGAACUUUGCGACGAAGAACCUCAGUCCCAAGUACUGCUUCGCGAGCAAGGAGGAGUGGGAGCAGACGGUGAUGAAGUUCGGAACGGGAUCGCUGGCGAGGCGCCGGCUCUACCAGCAGUCUAGUCAGUCAUCGGGCGACUCGCACGAGUCGCCGGCGCGGAAGGCGCCGCCGCGGCCGCCGCCGAUCGGGGCGAAGGCGCUGGGCAAGCAGCCGCAGAGUGCGUUCUUCACGCAGUUGGAGUGGAAGGAUGGCGAAGGGCCAGAGAACGAACGGGCGGACGGCGAGGCUGACACGGGCAACCUUCUCGGAACGAGCUUCGACGUGGCGCCGGCCCAGGCACCUCCCGACGCGACGACGGCUCGACAGCAGCAGCAGCAGCAACAACAACAACAGCAGCAGCAACAACAACAGCAGCAGCAGCAACAACAACAACAGCAGCAGCAGCAACAGCAGUACCAACAACAACAGCAGCAGCAGCAGCCGGCCACGUGCAUGAACCUGCUCGGACAGAGUUUCGACGCCAGCUUCGAUCAGCUCAGCUCCUCCCGUCUAAGCCGGGAGAACGGCGCCUCGCGGAAAGUCGAUGCGCUCGCGGGCAACGUCGACCUGCUGAACAUGGACACCGGCCCGGAGCCGUCCAACUUCGACCUUCUCAACGGUGCAGAGCGAAUUCGCUCGAGCGGCGGCGUUGCCGCCGGCAACGGCUUUGACGCAUUCCAGGGGAGGGCGCCAACGCCGCCGUCGUCGUCGCACGACGGAACCCCGUUCGGCGAGUUUUCUGCCAACCAGAGCGACGCCUUUGAUCCGUUCCGCGGGACCACACCCGUGCCGAAAGAGAGCGCCGCUGCCGCCACCGCGAAGGGGGCGCCGACGUCGUUCGCGACCUUCGACCCAUUCUCGGGCGGCGGCGGCGGCGGCGUCGCCGCGGUGACCGAGCCGAACCUCAUGGAUUCGUGGACGGCAUCGAACCUGCACGUGAACGCGACGCGCAGCAUCCCGCGCAACGCGUCGAGUCCCGGCCCGCUCAACUCUCCGACGAUCGAGACGGCAGCCGCAGCGGCGGGGGCGGGGGCGUCCGGCGCCCAGCUUCUCGACCCGUUCCACGACCUCGGCUCGUUCAAUAAGAGCUCGAGCUUCAACAACUUCACGUGUCGCUCGGAGACGAACAGCCCCGUCUCGUGGAACAAAGCGAAGCAGACGCCCCCUAGCGGCGGCGGCGCACAGGGCGUUCGAUUCCAGGUCGGCGGCACGUCGCCGGGACUCGCUGCCCAGCAGUCGUCCCCCGUCCGCCAGAAUCAGCAGCAGCAGCAGCAGCAGCAGCAGCAGCAGCAGCAGCAGCAGCAGCAGCAGCAGCAGCAGCAGCAGAGGCCCAACUACAACAUCAGCUCGAGCGUGUUCACGACGAAGGACGAGUACGGCGGCGGCGGCGGCGAGCUGCGCGUGCGCGCAGUGGACGAGCGGCAAGCGAGGCAACAUCCGCACGUGCUCUGCUCGCUGCGCACGGUGCUGUGGGACGGCGAGACGCGGUGGCGCGACGUCGGCAUGCACGAGCUCGUCGCGCCCGAACAGGUGAAGAAGUGCUACCGGCGCGCCGUGCUCUGUGUGCAUCCGGACAAGCUCGGCGGCACGCCACAGGAGACGCUCGCGCGCAUGAUCUUCGUCGAGCUCAACGACGCGUGGAGCGAGUUCGAGGAGGCUGGAUGCAAGCCGCUGUUCUGA